AAGAUCAGAACCAGCAGUGAACCCACUGGUCUUCAGAAAGCUUAACAUGUCUUAAGCCAAUUAUAUAGUACUAUAACAUGCGGAAGUUUUGGAGUUAGUGGAAUGAUGAGAAGCUUCUUGACAUGCAACUCUGUCAACAUCUUAGCUACUGUUUUUCCGCUUCCUGACCAUUUGCUCAGCUAUAUAUCUUGCAACACUCUCCGUGUUUGGGGAUUACUUGCUGAUGUAUGUAAGGUUCCUGCAUGCUACUAUUAGACAGUGAGACAAUCUCUUCCUCGCCCCUAGUACAACAUGGGAGAGAUGGGAGUGAACAGGAAGUUUGGACAAAUCAUCCUGCCAAGGAUGGUGACAAGUAAGAUACUGCAUCACCAGCAACUGCAUGACUAUCAAUCCAUCUCUGAGAUUUCGAGCACAGUUGAUGAACCCUUGGGAAAGAGGCCAUUGGAUGGACCAAAAUACAGGGUGUUUACUGGCACAUGGAAUGUUGGUGGCAUAACACCAUCUGAUGAUCUAGACUUGGAGGAUUGGUUGGACACAAGAGCUAACUCCUACGACAUCUAUGUUCUGGGGUUCCAAGAAAUAGUGCCACUCAAUGCAAUAAAUGUGCUUGGUCCUAGGAAUAGAUUCAUAUCUAAAAAGUGGAACUCACUAAUUGGGAAGGCACUGAACAAAGAGAAGAGCCAAGAUGGAGCACAAUUGCACCAUACAACUACAAAUAGCAGUGCAGUGGGGUGCUUUGCACAAGAGGGAUACUUUAGAUGCAUCAGGAGCAAGCAGAUGGUAGGCAUCUUUACCUCAGUCUGGACGAGAAGCAAUCUUAGGCCAUACAUUCACCAUUUGAAUGUGUCAUGUGUUGGUUCAGGUAUCAUGGGCUACCUAGGAAACAAGGGUUCGGUGUCAGUUCGAUUUGUGUUGCAUGAGACGAGCUUUUGCAUUGUUUGUUGUCACCUGGCUUCAGGUGGCAAACAAGGGGAUAUAUUGCUGAGAAACUUUGAUGCGGCCGACAUACUUGCAAGGACGAACUUCCGUGGUGGUGGAAAUCAAAAACUGCCAAAGAAGAUCCUUGAUCAUGAUCAAGUAGUUUUGCUUGGUGACUUGAAUUAUAGAAUAUCAUUGGAAGAGCCCCAGACAAGGUUGCUGGUGACAGCCAAGAACUGGUCCACCUUGUUGGAAAAUGAUCAGCUAGUGUCCGAGUUCUUAACUGGUCGGGUUUUUGAGGGUUGGCAAGAAGGGUCGGUUACUUUCUCUCCCACCUACAAAUAUCAGCCCAACUCCGAUCAGUACUAUUGGUGCUUCGACACGGCGCGGGGAGAGAAGAAGCGUGCUCCUGCAUGGUGUGAUCGCAUUCUUUGGCAUGGCAAGGGCAUGAAACAAAUCCGAUACGAGACUUGUAACUACAAGUUCUCCGAUCACCGGCCAGUGAGAGCUGGUUUCAUUACCGAAUGCAAGGUGAGAGAUGCGGACUCCAUGGGUCGCUUUAUGCGCUGAGCUCCGCAAAUGUGUGAUGGUCUAGAUGGAAUUUCUGCGCCAUUCAACAAAAGACACAGUCAUCAGAUCUGAAAUAUUGGAAUAUCGAGCAGAGUAUGCGAGAAACCACCAGGGUGAAUUUUGACAAGAUUAUGAUCACUGGCGACUGGACUGUGCCAUUGGAACUACAUGAGUCUCAUGUUUGGACCGCACACGGCACGUCCAAGACGAAGGCUGUAUAAAUUCUUUGUUUUCUCUUCUUGCAAAAGAACAAAAAAAAAUUCUUCGUUUUCUCCCUCAAGGCUUGUUUCUAUUCCGUAAGUUGUCCUUUUAUUGGAUGAAUAUCGGCAUCUUUGUACACAUAAUGGCUUAAACUAAGCCAGGAAUUUUCCAGUUGAAUACGAGUAUAGUGCUUUAGCGUUUCAGCUCCUAA